AUGAGUUCAUUAAAGCGUAAAUCAAUUUCUAUAGGUGAAAAGAUUUCUAUAAUUGAUGCCCUUGAUCGUGGUGACAAAUCUAAGCAAGAAAUUGCUAAACAGUUUAAUAUAGCGCAAAGUACUCUUUCUACAAUUUUACAAAAUCGAGAGACUAUUUGUAACAAUAAAACUUUAAAGUGCAAAAGAAUGCGUCUUGCUGAAUAUAAAGACGUUGAGCAAUGUGUAUCUAAAUGGUUUAAACAAUGUCAAAACCAAAAUAUUCCUUUAGGAGGAAAUAAGAUAAAAACAAAAGCAGAAGAGUUUGCAGGACUUUUGGGACACAAAGAUUUUAAAGCUAGUAACGAUUGGCUUCAUAAAUUUCGAAAAUUUGAUGAUUUUGCGAAUUUCGAUGACAAUAUUACAUCCACUGGGUCCCUUACCGAUGAUGACAUAAUUACUAGUGUAACGAAACUACAAGAUAAUGGAGAGCAGGAGGAAGAGGAAACUGAAGAAAUGGAAAGUAUUGUAACCGCUAAAGAAGUAAAAAUAAUUAUAGGAAAACUGCAAACAUUUCUGGAGGCACAGGAUUCUACACCACUAAACCAUAAAGCAUAUAGUGAAACCCAUUAA